CACAGUAAACACAGCUCCAAUGGCAGAGCCGUUCCGCUUCAUCAUCACGCUGUGACCAGUUGCGCGCAGAGAGAGGAGCCAAAGAAAGAGUCCGACCACCAGCCGCGUUUGGAUCAGCUGUUGUCGGAGUUCGCGCCGGGGUGAUGUUCCUGCGCUCUUAGCGGGAGGAGAGACAGACGGAGAGAGGGGGAGAAGACGCCGGAUUGCUGUUGUCGCCUUGUCCGCCGGACUGACAUCGCAUGGGGACAUGAACAGUGUGGAUCCAGCGUCCAACAAACUGUUGACCUUCAAUCAGCGCUCUGCCUCGGAGGACUUGGGCUGCAGGCGUGGAGACUUCAGCAGGAAACACUAUGGUUCGGUCGAGCUGCUAAUUUCCAGUGAUGCAGAUGGGGCCAUACAGAGGGCAGGUCGCUUCAGGGUGGAGAACGGCUCGUCAGAUGAGACUUCGGACUACACUCCGGGAACCUGGAGGAGAACCGAUGUCCAUCUGGAGAAUCCAGAGUACCACACCAGAUGGUUCUUUAAAUACUUUCUGGGAAAAGUCCACCAGAACUAUGUGGGUACAGAUGCAGAGAAGAAUCCUUUCUACCUGUCGGUCGUCCUCUCAGACCAGAACAACCAGCGGGUUCCCCAGUACAGAGCCAUCCUCUGGAGAAAGACGGGCACUCUGAAGAUAAGCCUCCCCUACAGCCCAACCAAAACACUAUCAGUCAAGUCCAUCCUAAGUGCAAUGAACAUGGACAGGUUUGAGAAAGGCCCCAGGGAGAUCCUCAACCCGGAGAUUCAGAAGGAUCUGCUGGUGUUGGAGGAACAGGAGGGCUCUGUCAACUUUAAAUUUGGCGUCCUGUUUGCCAAAGAUGGGCAGCUCACAGAUGACGAGAUGUUUAGCAAUGAGACGGGGAGCGAGAGCUUUGAUAAGUUUCUCAAUCUGCUGGGUGAUUCCAUUACGCUGCAGGGGUGGGCAGGUUACCGCGGAGGGCUAGACACCAAGAAUGACACUACAGGAAUUAAGUCCAUCUACACAGUGUAUCAGGGCCAUGAGCUCAUGUUCCAUGUGUCUACCAUGCUACCCUACUCUAAAGAGAACAAACAGCAGGUGGAGAGGAAGAGACACAUUGGAAAUGACAUUGUCACCAUAGUAUUCCAGGAGGGGGAUGACGCAUCGUCGUCCUUCAAACCGUCUAUGAUCCGAUCGCACUUCACCCAUAUUUUUGCAUUAGUUAGGUAUAAUAGCCAGAAUGACAGUUACAGGUUGAAGAUAUUCUCAGAGGAGAGCGUUCCACUGUUUGGACCCCCUCUCCCAUCUCCGCCUGUAUUUACUGAUCACCAAGAAUUCAGGGACUUUUUACUAGUCAAAUUAAUCAAUGGAGAGAAAGCCACACUGGAGACGCCAACGUUUGCCCAGAAGCGUCAGCGGACCCUUGACAUGUUGAUCCGCUCGCUCUACCAAGACCUCAUGCCUGACCUGCACAAGAACAUGUUAAACCGGCGGUCCUUCAGCGACGUGCUGCCUGAGUCUCCGAAGUCGGCACGGAAGAAGGAGGAGGCGCGCCAGGCCGAAUUUGUCAGAAUAGGGCAGGCUCUGAAGCUGAAGACCAUUGUGAGAGGAGAUGCCCCAACCAGCCUCGUGACCACAGGCCUGUGCAGAAAAGAGCCAUGGGAGUCCCAGUCGUUCUGCAGCACAUUCCCCUAUGAGAUCGUGUGUGCUGACUCCUGGGGUCAGUCUCUGCUGGCUGCCACCGACACAGCCGGGGUCAUGCUGCUGGAUGGCCCCGAUCCAGCAUUGCCCAAUGCUGAGACGCAGACACUGCCCCCAGUGCAGGUGUUUGACAAAACCAUGGUGGUGAAGCAGAUGCACGUUCUCGAGCCUCAGGACCUGCUUAUCACCAGGGCUGACAAAGGGAAGGACGCUCGGCUCUAUGUGUUCAGACUCAGCACGCUCAAGAGAGGCCUGGAGGAGAAGCAGCUCGCCAGAAGCAAGUGUGACAGCCGGGAGAAUAAACUGGAGAAAACUAAAGGCUGUCAUUUGUACUCUAUCAACACCCACCAUGGUUCAGAGCUGAGGAUAGUAGCAGCCAUCAGGAACAAACUCCUCCUCAUCACCAGGAAACAUCCACGUUUUGAAGGCUUCAGCGCCAUCGCGCCGGGAGCAGACUCACCGGUGGAGGAGUUUCAGUACAUACGGGAGAUCUGUCUGUGUGACCCGCCGGUGGUGAUGGCGCUGGUGGACGGGCCGACGGGGGAAAAUGACAAUAUGAUCUGCGUGGCCUACAAACAUCAGUUUGACCUGAUCAAUGAGAGCACUGGAGAUGCCUACCGGCUACAUCAUGUCGACGCCAACAGGGUAAAUUUUGUAGCAGCCAUUGAUGUGUAUGAAGACGGGGAGGCGGGUCUGCUGUUGUGUUACAACUAUAUUUGUUACUAUAAGAAAGUUUGUCCUUUUAACGGCUCCACACCGAUGAUCCAGUCCAACACUUCUGACUUCCACUUCAGCUGGAACCAGAUGCCCAAUGCUAUUGUUUGCGCAUUUCCUUACAUCCUGGCCUUCACAACAGACUCCAUAGAGAUCCGACUGGUGGUCAAUGGCAACCUUGUGUACACAGCUGUGGUCCCAGAGCUACAGUUGGCUGCUUCACGGUCGGACAUCUAUUUCGUUUCGUCGGCUCCGGUGAGCUCGGCCUCCAACUGCAGUUCGAGAGACACCAGUUCCCAGAGUUCCCCACAGACGCCCACCGGCUACGAGAUGCCCGUGUUCCCUUCCCCGCUCGGUGACGAUUCUAUACGGAUCCCCUAUGGUACCAAGCUUUCCCUGUACAUGUCUAAGGAUGCCGAAGGUGAAUCAGCAUGCAAGCACAUGUUCAAGAUCCCUCUGUGCAACUUGGUGGGCCGCAGCAUCGAAAGACCCCUCAAGUCCCCUCUGGUCAACAAGGUGCUGACGACGCCGGCCCCCGUCAUGGUGCCCCCAACUCCCCUCAUCUCCGCUACCCACUCGCUUUCCCUGUCCCGCAUGGAGAUCAAAGAGAUAGCGAGCCGCACACGGAAGGAGCUGCUCGGCUUGACGGAGGAACCAAGUGGGAAGUCAGACAGCGGAACAGUCAAACAGAGGAAGAUGAGCAAGAAGAACCCUGAGGAAGAGCCCAAAGCACGAGUACUGACGUCAACGAACAGCGACAGCAGGUUAGCCUCGGAGUCUGCGGAAACAGACCUGGACGUUCAGCUGCACUGUUCGUCCAGUUCGGAGGCCGAGCCAGAGAAGGUGGUGCUGCGAGCGGAGAGCCCAAAUCUCGCCAGCGCGUUCGCCCUCUCCACAUCCUUCGAAGAAGAUGUCCUGGACCUAAAGUGAAGACAAUCCCAUCGUGCACUUCUCUGCCCACCCACUCCUGUACUGUCACCAUCAUUUUACCGUUUUUGGUUGGUUUGAUUUUAAUUUACUGUUUGUCAAAUUCUUUUUUUUUCUUCUUCUUCUUCUUUUUUUACAUCCCUGUAUCUUGGGUCUCCUCAUUCAUCGGACAAGAUGGGUGCAGUGGGAGUUAGAAGAUGUGUCUGUGUGCGUGUUUGUUUUCACGAGCAGUCCCUCAGCUACUGUGCAUUGGGUGUUUGUGUUGCCCCGCGGCAAAUAACCCAAAGAGGCGACCAGGUCGUGUAAGAUGCCGUGGUUUAUUCAGAGUUCUGCAGCAGCCUUGAGACAAUGUUAACGGUUUGAUCCCAAACCACAAACUGAAUGUAAAUCUGCGCACCGAGGCACGACAAAAAUCUCGUUCACAAUGCCCUCUGAAGUUGCUAGAGCUCAAUAUGUGUUGUAUAUUAUGUGAUUAUUUCCAAUCCGCUUUCAAAUGUUGUAUGAUAUGCAUAUGUAUGUGUACAUCUGUUUAUACAUGGAAAUGCAUUCACAGUGACAGACAUGUAUGCCUGUCAUGCCUGUGAUGCAUAUUUAUAGAUAUAUGAUAAAAAUCCAUUUUAUUCCCAUAUUUAGUAAAAGUAUGAUGUUUUAUGCUCUCUGCACAUAUUAGUCCUUAUUGCUCUCCUCAUUCACAGUAUACAGGUAGACAGGGCUGGAGGCAAAGUCUCCCACAAGUGCCAUUUCCCAGCAUCCUCCACUGAACUACACCUCUAACAGCCACCGUAUUCUGGUGGCUGACAGUAGCAGCCAUGAUUGUAGUCCACAUUAGAUUACUAUGGUGACCCACAACUCCAUUCAGCUUGGAUAAAUUCACUUACUGGAGGGGCUCUCUCAAAGCCACACGCGCUCAACAUUUUACCCCACGAGAAAGAGACGACCUUAAAUCUGCAUGACCUGCCUUUGCUACGAGUAUUGUGUCUUCUGCGGCAAAAAAAAAAAAAUAGCAUCUUUGGAAAGCAUGAGGUCUGCAACAUCAUACCAAACACAGCAGCAUAAAGCAAACCACAACCUAAGAGGACAGAGAGUGUGGAUGUUAAAAGCCUUUUUCACCAGACUGUGAUGUGUGAUGGCUCGAGGUACAAUGGUACAGGAAGGGAUUUACGGACAAAACCACAAAUUUUAGAUAAAAAGUUAAAAUACGCACAUGGUCCCAGUUACUCAAACAUUAAUUAGUAGCUCAUAUCAGAUAAAUACUGAAUUUAGAAAGGAACUGUUGCCUUUGCCCACCUAAAAUGAACACCAAGAGCAAACAAACUAAAGAGUUGUAAAUAGUGUAAGUAAAAUUAAAAUGGGAAACAUUAUAAAGAAACCACCACAUUACUCACUAGGAUUAGCUACUUAAAAACUAAAUGUUUUCUAUGAUUUUAAAUCUUAGCCACAAAAGUUUUCAUUACUGGUCUUCAGAGCCCAUACGUCCCGCUGAUUUACAGCUGGGACACCUUGUGCAAGGAUGCAGCUUUAAAUUAUGGCCCAAUUCACCAGUGACACUCCAAUUUUCUUUUAUUCCCAUACUGCCAUGAGUCCACUGACAAACAGCUUCAGCAACACACCUGCAUAUGGUGCAAUUUACUGAUCAAGUAUCAGAUACGUUUUUAACUGAACUUUAACUCGUCAUCCUUCACUUCAUCUAGGAAAGACAACUACUAGUCUGAACGAGGAACAUUUUAUUCCUGCUUGUUCCUAAAUGGAGUACUACACCAGAAAUGAUGGAUCCUACAUUUCCCAUAAUGCAGCUCGAUAACGUCUUUCAUUCCACCCCCCUCUUCCUUUAAAAUGUCAACUUCUUUCAACCCCUCACACCUCACCACCAAACUACUUCAACACCAUUCAACACAGGAACUUCAUUCAUACUUCAUGUGUGAAUGAAAGUUCAGCUCAUUGAGGACAUCAUCAAAAUUACAUUAUCAAAAUUCUUUGUGUGUUUAAUACUUUCUGAAAUGUUUAAUGUUUUAUGGGAAUAUUUCCCCCAUUCAAAUGAAUGGGUGAGUGGUCAGGAUUAAGAUGUUAUACUCCUCCUAAUAACUUCUCUUCAACUUCCUCUCACUCCCACAAUUUUCACUCUUCAAACACAAUUUUUUCAUCAAUACUUGGAAAAAUCUGUCUUCGUUCAAACAAUGUAACUAUCGAAGCAAAUGGACUUACACAUUUUACGGGACGAGCCUCAAAGUGCCAUAAAACUGCCCCACUGACUCCUAUGUUAACUGAGACCAGAAAUUUCAGGAGCUCGCUGUCUGUCACACAUUUUUGACACGACAAACACAAUCUCAAAAUGUAAACAUCUAGGAUAGGAACUACGCUCUUUGAGUAAUAAGAUAUAGUUUGAGUGGUGCCUCUGAGCUUAAACUGUGACCCAGGUGUCAACCAUUAAACACCAAUGCUUUUUACAAGCAUUUUUAACAGCUCCAUUCAUUGCUUCCUGCCUCUCAUGUCAAUCCCUAGUAAGUAACGCACACACACACAUACAGUAUAUCCAUACAUACACAAUAGGAGAAACACAUGCAUGCAUGUUUAAAUAUCUUAAAAAAAAAUUACAUUACUGAGAGACUGCCGCUGCAUACUGCAUCUCACAGCAGGCAGUGCAACACAGGUUCAAUUCAACAACUACACACACAGUCAUUGACCCACAUAGACCAACACACACACACCGCCAACUCUACACAGCAUCUCAUUGCAGCGCAUGCAGGGCUCAGACACCAGCUGUGUUACCCUUACUCCAAACAAGCCAUUUGAAUUAUCUGCACGCUUAAGCUCAUUUAAGUCCUUACACUAAAACUCUAAUUUCAACACCUUUCAAUGCUUACAUGAUAUUUUGCAGACUUUAUCACUUUCCUGUUAUUCCAAAGCUUCAUACUCCUUCAUAUCCAAUGCAGUUAAGCUCCGAGCCACCCAUCAAGCAGCGCUGUUCAGCUCCCAGCUCCACAUGAAGCAGCACAGCUCAGCGACAGCUUCUCGACAGCCAGGAAUCCUUGUGUUCUCUAAUAUAAGCUUGCUUCUUCACUGUAGGCCCACUGAGCACUGAGGAAGUUACAACAGUCCUGUGAGUCAGUGUGAACACUCAAUCUAACAUCAAACAUGUUCUGGGUAAUGAACACUAGACAGUCAGUAAAACCAAAUGAGGAAGCUUUAAGGAUCCAGUGGUAUGCAGGGCAACGAACUGGGAGCUGUGGUUCUGACUAUGCUGAUGUAGGUAUGAGAGCGCCUCUAUGUGGUGGCUUCACAACACAGCAGCCUUCAGAUCUUGCAUGAGCCGCCUCCUCCUCCUCCUCCUCCUUUCCCCUCACGCUUGUCCUCUGUUCUCCUCCCACCUGUCGCAGUGUGAACCCCUUCAACUCUAUAACACAACUCAGAACAACUAAAAAGGGAAGAAGACGACUGGGAUGGGGGGGAUUUUUACAAAAAGUACCCUAGUGUUUAUUACUCUGAAUGAGUGACUGGGGGAUGCGUGGCAUUACAGUUUGUAACACUGAUUCUCCCACUUCUGAUAUUUCUCCUGUAUUUCUGUCGAGUACUCUUUGUUCCUACCUCCCCUUGGCAUUUUCACUGUUUUUUUUGUUUUGUUUUGUUUUGUUUUUUUGUAUUUGAAUCUAUAUUUACUGUUUAGACUGUUGCUGAACCUCUCUGUGAUAUCAAAAUGAAAGAAAAUUAACAAAAAAAACACCAAGUGUCUUAAAAUAUUGUAUCGCCAUCGUUUUUAAUGCCAAGUACCACUUGUAAAUGUUUGUGUAUCAAAUGUGGCCUCAAAUGAAACUGAACUAUAUUAUUAUUAUUAUUAUUAUUAUUAUUUGAGCAAUUAUUUUAAACAAGUGCUGUAGACCACUGCUGUGAAAGUAGUCGAUUCUGUUCAUUGAUAUGU